AUGACAAAAGAGAGGAAGAAAUUGGCCAUUGGCCUAACUCAGGAAGAGCGGAAAGUGAUCGUCAUAGGUGAAAUUAUUAAGGAACUUUUAGAAGCACACGAAGUUAAAAAAGAUGUUAAUUUAAAUCGUCUCAAAUCACGAAUUUCGUCCCAAUAUGGUUUAGAGAGCUCUCCACGUCUGGUGGAUAUUAUUGCUGCCGUACCACAGGAGUCGAAAAAUAUUCUAUUGCCGAAACUUAAAGCUAAGCCAAUAAGAACAGCCAGUGGAAUUGCUGUUGUGGCCGUUAUGUGUAAACCACAUAGAUGUCCUCAUAUAAAUAUGACAGGCAAUAUUUGUGUUUAUUGUCCAGGUGGUCCGGAUAGUGAUUUCGAGUAUUCAACCCAAUCUUAUACUGGUUACGAACCUACAUCUAUGCGUGCCAUACGUGCACGGUAUGAUCCAUUUUUACAAGCACGUCACCGAAUUGAACAACUAAAGCAGCUUGGACAUUCUGUGGAUAAAGUUGAAUAUAUAAUAAUGGGUGGUACUUUUAUGUGUUUGUCUGAAGAGUAUCGUGAUUAUUUUAUCCGAAAUUUACAUGACGCACUAUCAGGAUUUACAAGUGGCAAUGUCGCUGAAGCAGUACGCUAUUCAGAAAAAUCGCGUACUAAGUGUAUUGGAAUCACAAUUGAAACGCGACCUGAUUAUUGCCUUAAACGUCAUCUUUCUGACAUGUUGUCAUACGGCUGCACACGUUUAGAAAUUGGUGUACAAUCUGUUUAUGAAGAUGUGGCACGUGAUACCAAUCGCGGGCACACUGUAAAAGCAGUAACAGAGAGCUUUCAGCUAGGUAAAGACGCUGGAUACAAAAUUGUUGCACACAUGAUGCCUGAUUUGCCAAAUGUUGGUUUAGAACGAGAUAUUGCACAAUUUAAGGAAUUCUUUGAGAAUCCCGAUUUUCGGGCCGAUGGCCUAAAAAUUUAUCCAACAUUGGUUAUUCGCGGAACAGGACUUUAUGAGUUGUGGAAAUCUGGCCGCUAUAAAUCAUAUUCACCGGAGGUGUUAAUUGAUUUAGUGGCAAAAAUUUUAGCCUUAGUGCCACCAUGGACACGAGUAUAUCGUGUACAACGUGAUAUACCUAUGCCGCUUGUAAGUUCUGGAGUGGAACAUGGCAACCUACGUGAGCUAGCAUUAGCACGAAUGAAAGAUCUUGGCACUGAAUGCCGUGAUAUACGUACUCGCGAAGUGGGUAUACAAGAAAUUCACAAUAAAAUACGUCCAAACGAAAUUGAAUUGGUACGUCGCGAUUAUGUAGCUAAUGGAGGUUGGGAAACUUUCCUUUCGUACGAAGAUCCUGAACAGGAUAUACUUGUUGGAUUAUUACGUUUACGUCAAUGUUCAGAGGAAUCUUUUAGGCCGGAACUAAAAGGCAAAUGUUCUAUUAUUCGUGAACUGCAUGUAUACGGCUCAGUCGUACCUGUUAACGCAAGAGACCCAUCUAAAUUCCAACAUCAAGGAUUCGGCAUGCUGCUUAUGGAAGAAGCAGAGCGUAUUGCACGCGAAGAACACGAAAGUACUAAAUUGGCUGUUAUAUCAGGUGUUGGGACGCGCAAUUAUUAUCGCAAAUUUGGUUAUGAACUAGAUGGCCCAUAUAUGUCAAAACUUCUCUAAAUAUCGUGCGUAAUAAUUGGAUUUAUAAGUUUUUAUUAUUAGUGAAGUUAAUAGAUUUAAUUUUUCUUGCAAACAGUAUUCCUGUAAGGAAUAUAAUUGUAUAAAAUAAUAUGCUUACUUUGUAUACAGGGUUAGGCGAUUGAAUUGUUACCUCAUCAAGCGACCAUACCUUUUAUGUGUAAAAUAAUUUUAUAUUGAUUUAAAUUAUAAAAAUUUGUGGAAGAGUCCAUCGGAUUUGCAUCUGGCUAAUUCGAAAACCAAUCUGUAGACGAAAUAAAGUUUCGAACCUGAUUCUUGGUUCACACGAACUUUAUGAGACGAUCCCGAGUCUUGUUAGAACGUCCAUGGUCUACGACCGAAAUGUUUGGCUAUAAAGCAACUUACAAAACAUUUUCUCGAUAAUAAGUCGCAUUGUCUUUGACACCAGGCUCGAUAAAAUUUAUUGGAGAGCCUCCAUCGGCGGUUACAGCUGCCCAUACCAUUACUUAAGAUGGAAAAUUACGUCGGGUGGCCAUUCAUAGUCUCAAAUCUUCAACAAGACGGUCAUUUUGAGAGUCCAAACUAGUUAAUAGGGAACUUUUUCUCAUCAGAGAACACAAUGUUUGGAAAUUCGUCAUGUUCGUGGAAGCGUAACAACUCCUUUGCUCUUCGAGCCAAACUUUUUGUUGUUUUAGUGUGAAAUCUUGUGGCAUUUAGAACUUGUAAGGCUUUACCUUGAGCUUAUUUUGAAACAUGUGUCAGAUGCUUCGCUGUGAUAUUUUCAGUUCUUUGGCCAUUUGAUUACCACUACGACGUGAAUUUUUUCACGUCGAAAUUUUCCCAACCAUUUCAGGUGAUGUUGCUGUUUUUUUUCGUCCACCACCGUAGCGUUUGGCAACGCUGCCUGUGCUAUUAUAACAAUUUGUAGUACGAUAACCAAACAUUGUAUUCAUUUUGAGGUGUUUGAGCUCACGAACAAUAGCUGGUUGAGAUUUUCCAGUCAAAUAAUACGCAAUCACACUAUGACGUUUCAAUUCCAUUUCGAUUAAUUUUUGUUCUAUAAAACUUAAACGCAAUUGCUUGUGGUAGCUUGUAAAAAAAAAACAGGUGUAAUUUAAAUGAAUUUCACGUAUUAGUUAAACAGAUAUACCUCUGUGUAUUUGGUAACACUUCAAUCGCCUAACCCUGUACAGUCAGCAAUUCAGCACUUAAGAAAGAGGCACACAGAUUUUACUCCUUUUUCGAAAACCAAUCAUAAUGUUUCGUCUUUUUUAUUGGGCGUUAACCCUUAAUACUUUUUAUAUAUAAAAAACAAUAAAUUUGUUGACUCAAAAGGAAA